GAUUUCUCGGUUGAAGGCCAGACUCACGUGUUGGUCUAUACGCAGUCAAGCCUGGUGGAGCAGACCACACCCGUCGGUAGCGCUUUCAACGACUCGAUAGCAGUCGUUCGGAAUGUCUCCUUUACGGACCUGGAUCUGGACAGCUAUGAGCUGGGAGGGAACGUGACCUGGGAGGAUCCCCCGCUCUGGCAGCGGCCGGAUUUGGUU